AUGGACUCGACCAUUUCCCUCGAGCACACCGACACUCUCCGUGGCCUGCGCGCCCGCGAGAUUGACCUGGUGAUGCGUCUCUGUCACUCGGAUGCCCCUAGUGCCUACUGGACAUCAAGCAGCCUCGAGUUCCCCGCGCCUGUCUGUGGCAUUGUCCGUGCAGACACCCACACUGUCGGCCAGCGCGUCGCCGUCCUCCAGUUCACCCUUUUCAACUGGGUCUGCGCGGAAGGCCGCUCUCGCUACUUUCCACGUCGCACCCAAGACACCAACCUCUGGACCGCUCCAGGCGACACUCCAAAGUACUCUGGCGACGUGCUGCUCCCAGGCCUCGCCCCCACUGGCCAGCUCUACGACCUCAUCCCGUCCACCGCCAUCGAGGCCAACCAGAUGGCCGUCCGCUGCCAGCGUCCGGACACUGCAGUGAGCGCCGCCGCCGCCAACCGCGCGCGUCGUGAGCAGGAGCUUGUGCUCGAGACCGAACGUGCGGUAAAGGCUCAGCAACACGCAGCCGCUGCUCUUGUCGCCGCAUCGUCGACGACGCCUGCCAUUGCCACUCCCAAAGAUACCCACGCUUCUCCGGCUCCUCUCGCUCCUCGUACUCCUCGUACUUCCCCGACUCCCGAUUCCAGCGCCAUACCCGAGCCAGUCCAGCGCCACCAAACCGAAGACCAGCGGCUCUGUCUCAACCCUCUCCGCUUCUCCCUCCCAGGCCCACCCGUCGUCCUGGGACAUGCGAGCUCGGCCGUAGACCCUGCUCCAGGAAGUGGUCGCUUCUCGGCAUCUACCUCUCCUUCCCACACGGUCUCUUCCCUCGCCUCGUCGCUGGGUACCGACCCGGGCUUCCCGUCCUGGGUGCACACCAUCCCCGGAGGGCUCGGAGGCAGUCUCCCAAGUCUCUACAACGGCAGCCUCCCAAGCAGCUACGGUAGCAGUCUCUCAAGCAUCUACAGCAGCAGCCCUGCACGCGGUCCCGGUGGCAACCUUCUGGGGGGCUUUGGUCGGUUUGCCACCACUCCGACUCCUACCAUCAAGGACCAUUCCCCCGUUGGGCUCGGUCUUGACGGCCUGGGCUCGCUCGACCUCUCCUUUGGCAAGAUUGAUCUCGUUGGCGCGACCGAAGCUUCGAGCUUGACCUCUGGACUCCGUGACGGCGACUGGGUCUGUCCUUGCGGCACCCACAACUUCAGUGCUCGCACGUUCUGUGUCAGGACCGACUGUCGCUUCUCCCGCGCCACCACCGAGACUCCUCCUGCCCAGACGGCCACCCAGUCCAACGCCGUUCAGCUCCGCUCUGCUCUCGGCGACCCGGGAGACUGGUACUGCGACUUCUGCGGGCUCUGCAACUGGACGCGCCGCACGUUCUGUCUCCGCUGCUGUCCUCUUCACCCGGACAACAUUGAGGAGGCCAUCACCAAGGGCCUGGUCAGCCACGAUGACCCUAUCAUCAACAUUCUCGGCUACGGCGACAAGCGCGCUCGCGCGCUCAAGAAGGGUCGCAGCGGUCCCGCCACGCACUGUGCGUGCUUUGGUCCUCACCACGGCACUCGCUGCCCGAACGCCGGCCGCGGUAUCACCGACGACCUCUGGCGCCUGUACCUCGACAGCCAGGUUCCCGUCAUGAACUCUGCCCCUCCCCCUCCUUCCCGCGAGCGUGAACGUGAGCCGUCCUCCUACGCUCAAGCUCGCGGCCACGGCCCUGGCGCCGACCAAGGUCCCUGCUUCGGCGUCGUCCACGCCGGCCACUCCGGUUGGCACUCCCGUGCGCGCCUCGGCCCGCAACCACCACCACCACGGCCGUCGCCGCCGCUCCUAGGCGCGCGCGCCCAUUCCCUCCAAGGCCAGCCCAAGCAGGCCAUCAUCAAGGUCCCCCGGCCUCGUCACGUCCCCGCUUGA